AUGGCCAAAACUAAGAAGAAAUUAGGCAAACAAGAGAAUAAGCCUACUCAAUCUACUAAUGUCGAACCCAGGCCACUUAAAUCUAAGUCAACUGCACCGACUACUCAUGCGAAAAGUAUAUUCACCAACUCACCAGUCUAUGACUUAUUGCAUUAUUUUGAAAAAGCACCCGACCAAUGGGCAGCAAGAUACAUCCUCAUCUUAAGUUCGAUUAUACUACGAACUGCAGUGGGUCUAGGUGGUCACUCAGGCUACAAAACCCCACCAAUGCAUGGUGACUUUGAAGCACAACGACAUUGGAUGGAACUAACAAUCAACUUACCAACUUCUCGUUGGUAUUUUUUUGAUCUUCAAUAUUGGGGAUUGGACUAUCCACCACUAACUGCUUAUCAUAGCUGGAUAUUGGGUAAAAUUGGCUCAACUAUCAAUUUCAAUUGGUUUGCAUUGAAUUCUUCACAUGGAUUGGAAACUGAUGAUUUAAGGUUUUUUAUGAGAGUUACUAGUAUUAUUAGUGAAUUGAUUUGUUAUAUUCCCGGAAUCUUAUUAUUAGCCAAUAUAUUUGGCAAAAAGUUUAAUCUAAGUCGAAUGGAUCAAAUAAUAUUUGCCUUGAUUAUUUUAACUCAACCACAUUUAGUGUUAAUUGAUCAUGGACAUUUUCAAUAUAAUUCUGUCAUGUUGGGUUGCUUUAUUUAUGCAAUUAUCGAAUUGGUGCAAAACCACUUGGUGAUGGCUAGUAUAUGGUUUGUUAGUUGUAUCAAUUUCAAACAAAUGGGAUUAUACUAUUCAGUAUUUAUCUUUUUCUACAUAUUGAGUCAAUUGGAAAACUUUAAAGAUUUGGUAUCGGUGGGAUUGUCGGUCAUUGUCACUCAAUUCAUUUACUUACUUCCCUUUGCCUCCAAUUGGAAAACAACUUUACCACAAAUUGUUCAUCGUAUAUUCCCAUUCAAUAGGGGUCUAUUCGAAGACAAAGUUGCUAAUUUCUGGUGUACAACCAAUGUGUUGGUCAAAUAUCGAGAUUUAGUUUCGUCAUCACAACUUUCCCAAUUGGCAUUAGCAGCUACAUUAUUAUCGAUUAUUCCAAUUAAUGUCUACAUUUUCUACAAAUUGAAAAGUACAUCAUCAGCCAAUAACAGAAGCUACAAUGACAGCUACAAUGACAGCAACAAUAACAACAACAACAACAACGACAGCGACAGCGACAAAAGACGUAUAUCGGCAAUGUUGUAUGGAUUUGCCUACAAUGCUUUAUCAUUUUAUUUAUUUUCUUAUCAAGUUCAUGAAAAGUCGAUUCUACUUCCCUUGUGUCCAAUUUUACUACUUCUUUUAAUUAAUCCUCACGAUAUCACCGUCAUACAAUGGAUCAAUAAUGUGGCAACUUUCAGUUUAUAUCCAUUACUUAAAAAGGAUGAUUUGAUAUUACAAUAUUUUGUAACAUCCAUACUAAUCAAUUGGUUAAUUGGGUUCAAGCAUGUUAUUCCUUCAUUUAAAUCUUUCAAUUUGAACAAUUUGGUGAUUUGGAUAACUUAUAUUGCGAUGAUUGUUUAUCAUUUUGUUGAUUUCACCUUUGAUCCACCAGCAAAGUAUCCUGACUUGUGGGUAAUUUUGAAUAUUGCCAUUUCGUUUGCUGCUUUUGGGUAUACCUGGCUAUGGUUAAUAUAUAAAAUAGUCAAAUUGUAA